CAUUUUUGUUUUUAAUUUAUUACUCUUUUUUCAAUAACAACAAUUCAGCUCGCGGUUCUAAAGAUCAGAAGUCCAGGUGGGCUUGGGUGCAUUCCCAAGUUUCACUUAGGGUUUCACAGAGAGAAAUUAAGGUGUUGGACAGGAUGGACUCUUACCUGGACGCUCCAAGGAAGAAUCUACUUCCAAGCUCUUUUAGGUUGUUAGCAGAAUUCAGUUACUUGUGGUUGACGGACUGAAAUCCUCAAUUCUUGCUGGCUGUCAACCAAGAGUCGGUCUCAGCCGCUACAAGGAGCCCACAUGCUUGGCACGGAGCCCCCUCCACCAGUAGAACAUCGAAUCUUUCUCACUCUUCAAAUAGUUCUUUCUCUUCUGCUACCAGCAGGAAAAAAAUUCUCCGCUUUUAAAGGGCUCUUGAGAUUACAUUGGGCCCACCUGGAUCAUCUCAUGUUGCUGUAUAAUGUAUCACAGGUGCAUUAUCUUAUCAGAUUCACGGGUUCCACCCCAUAUUCAAAGGCGUGGGGAUUAUACAAAGGCAAGGGCCAUUGGGGGUCAUUCUUAGAAUUCAGCCUAGUGGGACCUCUUAGAGAAAAACAUUUCUCCAAGAGAAAUACAUUUCUCCAAGAGAAAUAUUCCUCUCAGAGAAGACAUUUUCUACCCAAUUCCAGAACAAUUAUUGUCUGUUCAUGCCCAACAUUGCAAAGAGGAUUUGAGGUGCCUAAGUGAUUUAUGCCAAGGAAAUUUUUCAGAAACAGUGAUUUACAGAUUAACACAGUUCAGGUGUCUAAGCCUCGGAAGGGACAGAAAGCUGUUCUGAACAGAUAGACUUCUCUGAGGCCUUUACUGCUUUUCUUUCUCUUUCCUUUUCUUCUGCUACAGCACUGAAUGUACAAAGCAAUUGCCAAGAGGACAGAGGUGUUCUCUCUGGAGUCAUGAUGAGAGGUAAAUACUACGGCUGGAGUCUAGGGGACUCGAUAAUCGUGUUAUAGAGAAUCAGAUGUUCUCACUUUUUGGUCUCAAGAUUCCUGUUAUCGAGGACCCUAAACUAAAGACUUUUUGUUUUUGUGGCUUAUUCCUAUUGCUAGUUUCCAGAUCAGAAAUUAAAUCUGGAAAGUUUAAUAAACACAAAACGGUACAAGCACACAUGCUCUUAGCUUUUGGAGUGAUGAUUCAUCGCAUAUCAGGUAGCCUCUAGAGUGGAAAAGGAAAUAAAGUCUUAGUAUUAUUAUGAAAGUAAGUUUUGACCUUCUGGAACUCUGACAGGUUCCAAGGACUCCCAGGGCUUUUUGGAUCACACUUUGAGGCUCACCGACAGAUGUAAAUACCACCAACUGCAUUUCUUCAGAUUAAUCAACUCACAUAUUUUGGUGUAUUCACUUGUGCAGCCUUAAAGACAAGUCUUUCCCUUUCCUGCUAGGUCAUCCCAUCCCCCACUGAUUUUUGUGGCUGAUGUAUCUCGUUGCAAAAAGUGUUCUUUGCUGUCACAGGAGGAAAUUGAGCUCCAUGUGUAGUAACAUGUAUUAAAGCAAAAUAGUUCAAAAAUGCGCUCUGUGAGCUUCUGGCAGGAUCUGCUAGUUUGCAAAUACCACACAGGAAAAGAAUGCUUUAAAUGGUGCAGCUCCGUCUGCGGUGGAAGUUAUCGGGAGAGAAUCAGGCUGAGUCAAGCAGAAAGAGGCUGAGAGAGAGAUGAGAGAAAGCACCGGGUAUUCUUGUCAUGCUUUGCCCUUGAAAAUUAUGCCAAGACUCUUUAUUUUUAAUAAAGAGAUCGAUAUUUCUUGAUUGCUUUAGUGACUCAGGAUUUCCCACUUUCCUUUUAAAACACAGGCUAUCGCUACGGAUCCGUUUGCUUUCUUUGUAUCCUGCUUCCAAAGAGGACCGAGAUAAAGCUAAAGCCCUUUCAUCAGGACUCCAUUACGGUCCUUCUAUUAAGUGACUUGCUCGCGCUUUCUUCCGUUCGGUGUCUUGGUAAACGCCCCGAGUGCUUAGAUCCUGGGGUUCUGGGGUCUGUGGCAGACGAAUGCAAUUUAAAACACGAAAGCUGCAGGUGGAAAGGUUUGGCAUUCCUCCCACCCCGCCCCAAGGUUAAAUCUUGGCCGAGUCUCCGGUGAGGAGAGUCUGAAUAAACGCGCGUCCAGAGGGACUGUGACUAAGAACCGGAGAGAGUGAGUGUGUGGAGGAGCGCGUUCCGUUCCGUGGGGAUUAGGCCCACGGGGAGGAACCCCAGGCCGCCCGCGAGCGUGCUCCGAUUACUCUCGGCCUGACUGCCGCGCACCGGCUCUAGAAGCACGCUUUCUCAGUCGCAGUCCUCCAUGACUUUCUGCACUAGCAGGGUAGGUCGGGGAACGUCAGCGGACUCGCGCUCAGCCCGCGCGGAUUCUCCUCUGCUGGGCCAACCACCAAUGGGAGAAGAGUCCAAUUCCAGGCAUCCACGACGAUUGGCUCCGGGCCCGGGGGCGGUGGCGGCGGGGGGCGGACCCGGGGGCGGGUCUCGCUUUGGGGCUCCGGUGCUAACAUGUGAGGCGUCCGCAGCCACGGAGGACUGGAGUGCUGCCCGCGGAGGCCGCGGUUCGGCGAGCGCGACCUGGCUCCGCCGCGAAGGGCGAGGGGCGCCGCUGGCGGGUCCAGGUGCCCGCGCCGGGGCAGCGCUCGAGCAUCACCGCGGCGGGCGUCGGAAAGGGAACAGCUAGGGCCCGGGCCGCGUCCCCGCCCUCCGCACCGCGAAUGGAUGUGCCCGGCCCGGUGUCCCGACGGGCGGCGGCGGCCACCGCGCUCCUGCGUACGGCCCGCGUGCCCCGCGAGUGCUGGUUCUUGCCCACCGCGCUGCUGUGCGCCUACGGCUUCUUCGCCAGCCUCAGGCCGUCCGAGCCCUUCCUGACCCCUUACCUGCUGGGGCCGGACAAGAACCUGACGGAGAGGGAGGUCUUCAAUGAAAUUUACCCAGUAUGGACUUACUCGUACCUGGUGCUGCUUUUUCCUGUGUUCCUUGCCACAGACUACCUCCGGUACAAACCCGUCAUCCUGCUGCAGGGACUCAGCCUUAUUGUCACGUGGUUCAUGCUGCUCUACGCCCAGGGACUGCUGGCCAUUCAGUUCUUGGAGUUCUUCUAUGGCAUCGCCACAGCCACUGAAAUCGCCUAUUACUCUUACAUCUACAGUGUGGUAGACCUGACCAUGUACCAGAAGGUCACGAGUUACUGUCGGAGUGCCACCUUGGUGGGCUUUACGGUGGGCUCCGUCCUCGGGCAGAUCCUCGUCUCCGUGGCAGGCUGGUCCCUGUUCAGCCUGAAUGUCAUCUCUCUUACCUGUGUCUCAGUGGCUUUUGCCGUGGCCUGGUUUCUGCCCAUGCCACAGAAGAGCCUGUUCUUUCACCACGUUCCUUCCACUUGCCAGAGAACGAAUGGCAUCAAGGCACAGAAUGGCGGCUUUGUAACCAACACCACGGCUGCAAACCACCUUCCAGGGUGGGAGGACCCGGAGUCAAAAAUGCCUCUAAAUACGGAGGAGCUGGAACCCACGCCGGAGCGGCUCCUCGUGCUGAAGGUCCUGUGGGAUGACUUCCUGAUGUGCUACUCCUCCCGGCCUCUGCUCUGCUGGUCUGUGUGGUGGGCCCUGUCCACCUGCGGCUACUUCCAGGUCGUGAACUACGCACAGGGCCUGUGGGAGAUGGUGAUGCCCUCUCGCGAUGCUGCCAUCUACAACGGCGGUGUGGAGGCCGUGUCCACCCUCCUGGGUGCUGUUGCCGUGUUUGUAGUCGGCUACAUAAAAAUAUCCUGGUCUACCUGGGGGGAGAUGAUGCUGUCUCUGUUUUCUCUGCUCAUCGCCGCCGCGGUCUACAUCAUGGAUACCGUGCAGAACAUCUGGGUGUGCUACACGUCCUACGUCGUCUUCAGGAUCAUCUACAUGUUACUAAUCACUAUAGCAACUUUUCAGAUCGCUGCCAACCUCAGCAUGGAGCGCUACGCCCUAGUGUUUGGUGUCAAUACCUUCAUUGCGCUGGUCCUGCAGACCCUGCUUACUCUCAUCGUGGUGGAUGCCAGCGGCCUCGGCUUAGAAAUUACCACCCAGUUCCUGAUCUACGCCGGUUAUUUUGCACUCAUCGCUGUGGUUUUCCUGGCCAGUGGUUCAGUUAGUAUUAUGAAGAAAUGCAGAAAGCAAGAAGACGCGGAAUCAAGUUCUCGAGUAACCACUUUGUGAUACACUGCUUAGCAAACUCUGCACAGCAACUGUGCCUGGAUAUAUUUAAUUUUUUAGUAUGUAGACAUGUUUAUGAACGUGCUUUUUAAGGCUUCAGAGCAGCCAAUUGACUUUACCUUGUGCUCCUAGAGUAACAAUCCUGUUUAGGGGAGUCAGAGGCGAAGUUUAUCUCGCGGAUUAUUUAUGGAAGCUAAUUUAAGGAUUACUGUCUUCUGAUAACAAAAGUGAACUUGAUUUUGAAAACCGGGUACUCAAGAGCACUCAAGCAACACGUGGCAUUUAUACUUGACAGUGAGUCUGGUGUCUCAGAGGCCUGGUUCGGGACCAGGGCUCUGCGGGCCACAGGAUACUAUGUUCCAACAGCACCUGUGUCUGUUCAACUUCACUCGUAUCUCUUUGUUACUCAUGUGCAUUUGUGUUUCUACAGAUGAAAGUUGUUUUUAUCACCGGCAAUAUUUGCUCUGGUUUGCUGUUCUGUCCUAUUGGGAAUGUGUGUCAUUUCUAAUUUUUAGUUAUUUUUAAAACACUUAUUGUAUGAAUGUUGUCAGUUUCCAUCUUGACAAUUUCGUAUUUGUGUAGAUGGUCUUUAGAAGUACACUUUUGCGUUAUUCAUAUGCUUCCCAGAGAAGCUCUUUUAGUUAGAAAAUAAGGCAAGUUUUGAGGCCUGCUGAUAAAUAGAAAUGAAGACACCUAAUCAGAAAACUUAAGUUCUAUUUGCCUAUCUUUUAGCCUUGCGUGUGAAGGACUAUUAAUCCUAUAAGGAGAAGAUCAUCUAUGAGCUAAAGAUACCACUAGCCCAACCAGCUCAUUUUGUAUUUGCACUCCCUUUUAUUUCCAGAAUAAAAUGAGAAGUCUUUUUUUUUUUUAAUAUCUUCAUCCCUAUUUAUAGUUUUUGUAUGCUUUGUCCUUCUUAUCCAAGAUCAAGAUGUCAUUAGGAGUUAGAUUUGUUGGAUUAUUACAAGGCCUUUUCAAAAACUGAGACUCUUUUUGAUUAUUUCAAUGGGACAGGAACUAGGAUAGACCUGAUUCCUGCAUUUUGUACAUUAAAUCUGCCUUUGUUUCGAAGGGCGGAUCAUCUUGGAAUAUCUGCUUAAAAUAAUAAUUGCUAGUGGUUCCAUUUCCAGGGUACUUGGAAAAAAUGUUGUGUAUACAUUUAAUUCUGUAAUUAGUCUACCAAGUGGCUGCUAGUGUAUGUGAGUCAUGAUAGCUAUUUUAAAGCCAACUUUGUUGCCUUAUCUUGAAAAAAAACCUAGGUUAAUUUAUUUAGAAUAACACAGGUACACAGUGUGAAUACUAGUUUCAAGAUUCCGGAAUUGACAUAUUUGUUUAGUGUAAGCGGCAAUUCCAGAAGUAAAUGCAGAUGAGUAUAGGUCAUUUUCCAUUCACCUUCCCUUCUGAUCAAGGGAAGGAAAAGAACACUAAGGGAAGGGGAAGCGAUAUUAUGAAAGUACAGACUCUAAUUUUAUACCUUAUCUUUGGUUUUGCUGCGUAGGGAAUUGUUCACUCAGAAACAAGUAGAAAAGUGAUGUUCAAGGGAUUUUAUUUAAUGUUUUUUAAUAAAAUGGUGGUACAAUCACAUCACUCAUGUUACCAAAGCAAUAUUUCCCUAGAAUUCAAUUCAAAGUUUGUGGUGCACCACUGGAGCCUUGACUUAUUGAAGACAAUAACAAGGUCAUCUCCUGGCACGUGACCAUAUUUAUAGAACGCCCAGACCAGUGUGCAAGUUGUGCUGUGUGCAGUUUUGCAGAGAAGUGAAAAACAUCUGUACAUUUUAUCCAACUCUGUAUAAAUUAUGAAAUUAUUUUUAUUAAAUAAAUAUUUUACAUCCUA